AUGAAUAUCAAUAACCCGGUACUUAAUAUGAACCAAAUAUCUUCACUUGUAUCCAAACAAUUGAAAGUAGCUGAUAAAAAAUUCAAAACCUCUACCAAAGAUCAUUUUGAUUGGAAUAAUAUUAAAAGAACACCUCAACUAUUGAGGCGAAAAGCUAAUUUAGAAUCAUAUACCAUUGACGAAGAUUUCAUAGAGUUAGAAAAUAACCUAUUGUAUACCGAAAAGAAGAUAAAUAGCUUAACUAAAUACACUUUGGGAUAUUGUUCUGGAAUUCUUAAGGUUUUAACACAUUCAAAGAACGCAGGGCUCUUUUUCCAGCAGCUAUUCGACCCGUAUAAUACUUUGCCAAAUUCUAUAAAGACAAAGCUAGAAGAAAUUGGAAAUUUUGAUUCCCAAAACGAAAGCAUAUUCCUGUCUGCAUCAAGACAAGCUAUAUUUCAAGAAGAAUAUGAAAUAUGGUCAAAUUGCACGUCUUAUGUAGAAUGCACGAGAACCAUAGAACCAUCCAUUAAGAAUGAAAUUGAAAUUCUUGGAAGUAUGGUAGAAGAGAAGGUUUCAGAAGUUCUCAAAUUAGUGAACUUUAUAAAAAAACAUAUUAGGAAUCGUAAUUAUGCGUUAAUGGAUUAUGAUAAAACAUACAACACUCACGAAAAUUUGUUAUUGAAGCACAAGACAGACGAAUUAUCGACUAAGCAGUCUCUGCAAAUGUACAACUUAGAAAGAAAACUAGAAGAAAAUAAGGUGGCUUAUACCUACCUAAAUGAUUUAUUAAAAAAAGAAUUGCCUUUUUUUUUCAAAUUGGUGGAUUCAAUUUUGCAGCCAAUUCAACUUCGGACUUAUUAUGUUCAACUAUUAGUAUCAUACCAAAUAAAUAUUAAUCUUCUAUCAAUUCAAGAUAUAUUUCAUAUUGAUUUGGAAGAAUUGAAAAAAGAUACGGAUAGUAGUAGAAUUAUCGAACAAUUUAAUUCAAAAAAUAAAGUUGCAAGCGACUUAUUAGAUCUGUUAUCUAUUAUUAAUUUCCGUGAAAACUUCUUUAAUAAGCUUACUAUGAGUGAAGAUUCACUGCCUAUCUUUAAACAAGAGAGAAUAAUCAAGAAUUAUGACCCGGAAUAUAAAUACUGUCAAGCAAUAUUUUCGUUCAGAGGACAACAAGAAGGUGACCUCUCGUUUAAAGCGGGUGAAAUUAUUAAAAUAUUUGACAGUUCUGGCGGAUGGUGGAAAGGUAGUAUUGAAGAUGAAGUUGGUUUGUUUCCAGGAAAUUAUGUUAAAAUGCUAUAA